GGCGUGCAUCGCGGCGCGCGGAGCCGGCUCCAGGGCGUUCGGCGUGGAGCCGGGAGCCGCGGCGAGGCGGCCGGGAGCUUGGCGUGUGCUGGUGACCCGAGGAGAAGAGGCGGAGGCGAUAUGGAAGUGAAGGAUGCCAAUGCUGCGCUGCUCAGUAACUAUGAGGUGUUCCAGUUACUAACUGAUUUGAAAGAGCAGCGUAAAGAAAGUGGAAAGAAUAAACACAGUUCUGGGCAACAGAACUUGAAUACUAUCACAUAUGAAACAUUAAAAUACAUAUCAAAAACACCAUGUAGGCACCAGAGUCCUGAGAUUGUGAGAGAAUUUCUGACAGCAAUGAAAAGCCCCAAGUUGACCAAAGCUGAAAAGCUUCAGCUGCUGAAUCACAGGCCUGUGACUGCUGUUGAGAUCCAGCUGAUGGUGGAGGAGAGUGAGGAACGGCUGACAGAGGAGCAGAUCGAAGCUCUGCUCCACACCGUCACAAGCAUCCUCCCCGCGGGGCCAGAGGCCGAGCAGCAGCAGAAUACCAGCGACGAUGUGGCGAUGGAUGAGGAGGACCCCGUGUAGAAGAGCACAGCUGGCCCGAGUGUCUCCUGAAGUUGAAGGCCCAGCAGCCGUUUCCCAGACAUUCAGAGGAUUGUUUAUUUGAUUUUACCUUCUGUCCCAACAGGCCUCAUUUCCCGGUUAGUUGGGUAAACCACAAAAAUAAUCUUAAAAGAAAUCCUUGUGCCUCUGGGAGAAUAAACAUGGUGGACUGGCUGAGAUGGUCAGGGCAGAGAGCUAAAGAGAGGAGGAGUGAGUCAAAAAGGACAAGGACUGUGGAACUCUCAGUGGUAAAAAUAUUUCUUCUGUGGCCUUUGCCAUGGUUGUGGGAAGGUCUCUGUACACAGCUGGUAAAAUACUUGCCUUGGCUUUAAUGGGCUGUAUCCUAAUUAAUUUCAUCUGCUUCCCUCAGAGCUUCCCAAGCAGGGAUGCAGAGCACUGCUGGAAUGAGAGCUGACUUAGGACAAUCCUGUUACACGGCUGACAACUCUUGAAGCAGCAAAUAGUUGCUCUAAGUUAUAGUGAGCCACUGAGCUUGGCUCACCUUAGGGGAAUCUUUUCCUUAAUAACAAUAGACAUAGGAAAAGAUUGGCCUAGGAACUUGGUGGUCCAGUGGCUUAAGAUUCCACACUCCCAGUGUACGGGACCCAGGUUCCAUCCCUGGUCAGGGAACUAAAUCCCACAUGCUGCAACUCAGAAAAAAAAAAAAAAAAAAAAAAGAUUCCUGCAUGCUACAGUGAAGAUCGAAGAUCCCGUGUCCAAAUAAAUAUUUUAAAAAUAACUAAAUAAAAGAACGGCCUGGACAACUCUUCAUCAGGUCUAAAGGCCCCUCUCCUCUACUGGCAUGGGCUUUGUUUAGCGGUUUCACUAGUUAGUCUUCAAUGUUAGGACACUAGCUCCCUGCAGUUGGAAAGAGGCACUCCAGUAUUCUUGCCUGGAGAAUCCCAGGGACAGAGGAGCCUGGUGGGCUGCUGUCUGUGGGGUCGCACAGAGUCGGACACAACUGAAACGCCUUAGCAGCAGCGGCAGACUGAAUGGCCGUGUCACCUGCCUUUCUGAACACCUUCAGUUUUCUGUGACAGGUGCAGCCUGUUGCAACCAGGUGAGCUUCAUUUGCACAGGGGGGGGCAAAUGGUUUGCAUCUUUUAAAAAGGGCAGUUCUCUGGCGGUCCAGGGGUUAAGAUUCAGUGCUUUCAUUGCAGGAGGUGUGGGUUUCAUCUAUAGUAAGGACUAAGAUCCCAUGUGCUGCAAGCUGUGGCACCCACCCCCCC